CUGAAAUCCAGUUCCGUGAUGCGUGGUGGCUGGAAUUACGCACAGAAGUGGCACAACACAUGUACAGCGUGUACUGUAACGCGGUCAUCGGCUACCGGGAGGAGUGUGCGAUAUACGAAGAUGUGUGUAUUUUAUCCAACUACGGCACUGCUGUUGUCCUCGAUCUGCGGUCGCCGAGCCUCGGGCAACCUGUGCGAAGCGGUUUCGCUAGACAUGCUGAAACACAAAUAAACACUGGUU